AUGGCUAGAAGCAAGUUUGUAGCUCUUGGUUUCAUCGUGCUACUGAGCAUUGGACUGUCCAAUGCAGCAAGGGUAGCAAGAUAUGCUAGCGCCGGGGGUGGCGGGGGUGGAGGGGGAGGUGGUGGUGGGUCAGGUGGGUCUGGGUGGGGAUCUGGUUCUGGCUCAGGGUAUGGCCAAGCAAGUGGAUCCGGUGGAUCAGCAUAUGCUAGUGGUGGUGGUGGUGGAGGUGGUGGAGGCGGACAAAAUGGUGGAUCCGGAUAUGGUUCUGGAUCCGGUUCUGGGUAUGGCCAAGCAGGGGGAUAUGGGCCUUAUGGUGGAGCAUAUGCUCAAGGAGGUGGUGGAGGAGGAGGUGGCGGCAGUGGACAAAAUGGUGGGUCUGGGUAUGGUUCUGGUUCCGGGUCUGGCUAUGGUCAGGCUGGUGGAUAUGGUCCUUAUGGUGGUAACACAUAUGCUCAAGGAGGCGGCCAAGGUGGUGGCGGCGGCGGUGGACAGAAUGGUGGUUCCGGAUAUGGCUCUGGUUCUGGUUCUGGCUAUGGUCAAGCUGGGGGAUACGGUCCUUACAGUGGCUACAGUCCCUAUGGUCCUUAUGGUGGCAACGCAUAUGCUCAGGGUGGAGGCCAAGGUGGAGGUGGUGGCAGUGGACAGAAUGGUGGAUCUGGGCAGGGCUCAGGUUCGGGCUCCGGCUAUGGUCAAGCUGGUGGAUAUUGGCCUAACAAUGGUGGUUAUUGGCCCUAUAGUGGUGGAUAUGCCCAGGCAGGUGGUCAAGGUGGCGGUGGCGGUGGUGGUCAAAGCAAUCCUGGUGGUAGUGGUUCUGGGAGUGGCACAGGGAGUGGUUCAGGAUCUGCCGGUUGGCACCCAUAGAGCUUUCGUUAGAACAAAUACUGCCAAUAAAAUGCCAGCAAAAACACUGUUGAUGACCACAUAAAUGUUAUGUAUUUAUGUAAUAAAGGCUUUGUUAAGGCUAUAUGUAAUAAAAGUAGUUACUUGCAUUGCAUGCAAGUACUACCAAUGUAUGUGGGUGCCUAUAUAAUCAAGUAGCAGUUUGUUAUUUGUUUUCUUAU